UCUCCCACCCCCCAUCUGCAUCCGCUCUGGUUCUCUCCCAGGUUGGCAGGGGUCUCAGGCCCCAAGGUGCUGGGGCCCAGCUGCCCUUCCCCGGUGGGGAAGAUGUUGGGGUCACCGGUCCAGAAGCCCACGCUGCACCGGUCCAUCGGCACCAAGGUGCUGCUGGCGGAGGGCGAGGACACGCCCUUCGCGGAGCACUGCCGCCACUACGAGGACUCCUACCGGGUGAGCGGGCCUGGGGGACCUGUGGGCGGGAAAGGCCCACCCCUUCCUCACGGAGGCGCAGGGCCCACAUCGAGGCCCAGCCACCCUGGAAGCCAGCUCUCCUCUGAGACCCCGAGGAGACAAGCCUGCAGAGCCCCAGGCGCUCAUGGGAUCUCCCGGCAGCACCUGCAGGCGGAGAUGCAGAGCCUGAAGGACCAGGUCCAGGAGUUGCACCGGGACCUCACCAAGCACCACUCGCUCAUCAAGGCGGAGAUCAUGGCAGACAUUCUCCGCAAGGCCCUGCAGGUGGACGCGCAGAUCGGCUCGGAGUACGCCUCCGUGGAGGGGAUGAGAGCAGCCUUCCAGGAGAUGUGGGAGGAGUCCUACCAGCGGGUGGCUGAUGAGCAGGAGAUUUAUGAAGGUCCCAGGCAGCCCUGCUGGGCGCACCCCUGUCCUGGAGCUAACCCGUGUGCCAGUGAGGCAGGAAGGCAGUCACCCACUAACCAGAUCCAAGCAGCCCCAUGCUCUUCCCUUAGCCCUUGACUUUGCCUCACAGCCGCUAACUGGCCCCAACACGACGCAUCUGGGGCCAGAACUCAGUGAGUAGAAGGCCCU